AUGCCCGGCAAGAUUCGCACUGCCCAGUCCGUCUCCUUUGACGUGCCUGCUGAUCAGCAGCCGUAUCUACACAACCGCUGGCACCCAGAUGUUCUGACCCAUGCAGUCCCCAGCAUUGGCAAGAUUGAGCCCGGCGAGACGGUCAAGAUCGAGUGCCUCGACUGGACCGGCGGUCAGAUCGGCAACAACGACAGCGCCAACGACGUGCGCGACGCCGAGCUCACCCGCUGCCACUACCUGACCGGCCCCUUCGACAUCACCGGCGCUGAGCCCGGCGACCUGCUCGUCGUCAACAUCACCGACAUCCAGCCCUUCGACCACUCCCCCUGGGGCUUCACCGGCGUCUUCGACCGCGCCAACGGCGGCGGCUUCCUCGAGGACCACUACCCGCGCGCCGCCAAGGCCAUCUGGGACUUUGACGGCAUCUACUGCUCCAGCCGCCACAUCCCCGGCGUGCGCUUCCCCGGCUUGAUCCACCCGGGCAUCCUCGGCUGCGCACCCUCGGCGGAGGUGCUGGCGGAGUGGAAUCGGCGCGAGGCCGGGCUCGUCGAGGCCGGGGUGGAGACGCAUCCGGGGAAGACGCUGGCGCACUUGCCGGAGGGGAAGCACGUGCACGCGACGACGGCGGGGGGGGAGUUGAAGGAAAAGAUUGCGAGGGAGGGCGCGAGGACGGUGCCGGGGAGGCCGGAGCACGGCGGGAACGUGGACAUUUGCAACAUCUCGCGCGGGAGCAAGACGUACCUGCCGGUGCACGUGGCGGGCGCCAAGUUCUCGGUCGGCGACUUGCACUUUAGCCAGGGCGACGGCGAGAUCAGCUUCUGCGGGGCCAUCGAGAUGGCGGGUGUGAUUAGUAUCAAGUUUGACCUGAUCAAGGGCGGCGUGGAAUCGCGGAGCAUCCCGCACCCGGUGUUCUUGCCGGGCGAGGUGCAGCCGCACUACGGGCCGUCGAGGUACCUAACCUUUGAGGGCUUCUCGGUGGACGAGCACGGAAAGCAGCACUACAUGGACGCGACGGUGGCGUACCGCCAGGCGUGCCUGCGGGCCAUCGAGUAUCUCAAGCAGUUUGGAUACUCGGGCGAGCAGGUCUAUCUGCUGCUGUCGUGUGCCCCGAUACGCGGCACCAUUGCGGGCAUCGUGGACAAGCCCAACGCCUGCACGACUCUGGGCAUUCCGAUGGACAUUUUUGACUUUGACAUCUCCAUCGAGUCCGUGCCGGUCAAGCGGGACCUCGGAAGCUGUGCGUAUACGAGCUAA